AUGCCUCUACUACUCAAUGGAUGUUUAUCAAUAUAUUGUAUAUCACGAAAAAAACGUAAAUCAUUUUCAGUACAUGAAACACAACAUGAAACAGAAAUUAAUAAAAUAUGUCUACGACAUAUUGAAAACAUUCGAAACAUGCCAUCAACAACAAUUAAUCAUGAACAAGAUGAAAAAAUAGAUUUGAAAGAAACAGUUAAAAGUAAAUCAGAUAAUGUAGAAUCACAAUGUGAAACACAUGUAUCUGAUCAACAAACAAAAACAACAUCAACUAAAGAUAAUAAUACAUCUUAUUCUCAAAUAUCUCUUUUGAAAUUUUUUCAUAAAUCUAAACAACUUAAAACACCAUCACCAUUACCAAUGACUAUUGAUGAUAUUUCAGAAGAUAAUUAUGAUAAAACGAUUAAUAAUACAUUAUCAAGUUGGUCAUCAUCAACAAAUAGUGAUUCAAAUCAACAUACAUCACGUUCAAAACAUCGUUCAUUUACUGAAAGUUAUGAUGUAAAUGAACAAAGUGCUUCACAAACAAAGAAUAUGUCUCCAACUAAAAAAAUAUCGAAUGAUGUUAAAUCUUUAGAUAAAAAUAAAUUAGUUUUAGUAAACGUAAGAAAACUUAUUAAAAAUCAAAAUAUGGAAUAA